AUGUCUUCGUCUGAGAGUGGACUGUCUGACACUAUCGACCCCAUGGCCAUUGUUUCGAACGAUGAGAUUGUCCCAGAGCCAGAGAUUUUUACCUCCGACACUGAGAGUAACCCGGAGAUGAUGUCAGAUGACGAUGAUGAUUUCCAGCCUUUUGCACUACCCGACUUUGGCGACGAUGUACCGCAUGCUGAUGGUUUACCCGACGAGGAUCCCUUUCUUAUUCCUAUUCCUGACCAGGAUCAUCUCAUCCUCGGACAUCUCGAUGGUGAGCAUGUCGUGGUUCCGAUCCUCGCCCCUUUGCCUCGUGCGGCCUUUCCUCUCAAGGAUUUGCCUUUUGAUGACGUGUCUGAUGAUGAUGUCGAUCUUUUUAUUGAUGGUCCCCCUAAUGAUGCCCAGGGUGAUGGAGUUGUAGCUGAGGAUGCCAUUGUUGUUCCACUCAUUGAGUUUCCUGUUAUUGAGGUUUCCUCUGAUCAUCGUGUUCCAGAUUCUUUCGAGUCUGUAUCAUCCUCCACUUUGCAUGCAUUGGGAUUGCAUCGUUACCCCACUGAUUCUGAUACUGAGACGGCCCUGUCUGUCGCACCUACUCCUCCACAUGACUUUGAUCUUGACCUUGAGCUAGACAUUGCCCCUGACGAUCAGCCUGUUGAUGCACCUGCUGAUCCUGAGCAGGCACCAGCUCCUGAGCCGAUGCCAGCUCCUGAGCCUUUACCUGAUCUUGAUCCUGUACCAUUUGGCAUACCUGUUGUUGCACCACUUAUACUAGACCCGAUUCCUACACCUGCUGACCCUGUUGCUUUUGCUAGUCAGAUAGACCCCCGAUACGCUUCCACCAGCAAUGGGUGGAUAGACGAUGAUGAUGUACCUCCUUUUGUUGAGCCAGUCACUCCCCCUCAUGCACCUGCACCUAUUGAUGCUGCCCCAUUUCACCUGAUUGACAUUCCCGCACCCCGCCCAGGGGAAGGUCCGUCUAGCCAGCAGCCUAGCCAUGUUCCACACGUGUCAGAAGCUUUUACUCACCUGCCUGAGUAUACACCUACUGCGAAUUUUACUUCUUCACCGCAAGGCGAGCCACUCAUAUGGUUUCCGCCGAACACUAUGCCAGUUUCUGAUCCCUACCAUCCCUCACACUUUAUUCGUUACACGAGGGAUGAGUUACUCCUGUCUUUGCAGCUUCAGCAGGAGAUCCUAUGUCGUAGAGUUAUGGAGCUUGAGAGGACUCCACGUCCUCCACCUUGUUACGACUCCACCUGCUCCUCUUUUGCCCUCUCCAGAUUUUGA